AUGCGCUUCUCCGUUUUCUUCGCAUCAGCGCUCGCUGCGUUAGUCGCUGCCGAUAGCAGCACUACCACUGUUGGCCUCGUGAUACCCGGAUGGGAUUUCACGGUUCCUUACUACACCAGCACCGCUGGUAGCGUCUCUGCAGUCGAUGCUCUUGCAACUACAUACUUGAUCAGCUGCUUGAAGGACGCGCCUACGACCCUUUGUGACAUCAAAGAUCCCUGGACGCUCAUUCAGGGUCCAGCAACCGUCAGCUAUACAGGUGUCUAUACGGGAUGGAUCAGCGGAUCUGACGGCGUCACCGCAACUGAGGAAUGGAACUGCAAGCUAAAGUCAUACACCCUCUCUGCAUCAUGCGAAGUGAGCUACAAGGCCACUGGAACCAGUUAUGGUUCCUCUUACAGCACGUCUUUUACUGCUUCGUCCUCCAACCUCCCGACCAAGUCGUUAUCCAUCGGUGGAAUGCUCAUCACCGGCGGUCUUUCCUCCCUUACUCAGCCUGCUGCUACCAAGACUCCCGAUGCUGCGCCUGCGGCCUUGAAACCCUUGAUCACUGCUGCACCGCUGGGUGCCGCUGCUGUCAUUGCCAUUGCCGGAGCGUUUUAG